CGGAGCGCGUUGCCCGGGCGACGCGCGGGGCCGCCGCGGCGCCAUGGCGCAGCUGGGCGCCAUCGCGGCGCUGGCGCUCAGCUUCCUGGCCGCCGCCUUCCUCUCGGCCAUCCACAAGAUCGAGGAGGGGCACAUCGGCGUCUACUACCGCGGCGGGGCGCUGCUGACCUCCACCAGCGGCCCCGGCUUCCACCUCAUGCUGCCCUUCAUCACCUCCUACAAGUCGGUGCAGACCACGCUGCAGACAGACGAGGUGAAAAAUGUCCCCUGCGGCACCAGUGGCGGAGUGAUGAUUUAUUUUGAUAGAAUUGAGGUGGUGAAUUUUCUGAUCCAAAGUGCAGUGUAUGACAUAGUGAAGAACUACACCGCUGACUAUGACAAAGCUCUCAUCUUCAAUAAGAUUCACCAUGAGCUGAACCAGUUCUGCAGUGUCCACACACUGCAGGAGGUCUACAUUGAGCUGUUCGAUCAGAUUGAUGAAAACCUUAAACUGGCCUUGCAGCAAGAUCUAACUACAAUGGCCCCGGGAUUAAUUAUACAGGCAGUUCGAGUUACAAAGCCAAACAUCCCUGAAACGAUCCGGAGGAAUUAUGAGCUGAUGGAGAGUGAGAAGACAAAGUUGCUGAUUGCAGCACAGAAACAGAAGGUGGUGGAGAAGGAAGCAGAGACGGAAAGGAAGAAGGCCCUCAUUGAGGCAGAAAAAAUUGCACAAGUUGCUGAAAUAACUUACGGACAGAAAGUGAUGGAAAAGGAAACAGAGAAGCGAAUUUCAGAGAUUGAAGAUGCUGCAUUUCUUGCAAGAGAGAAGGCAAGAGCUGAUGCUGAGUGCUAUACGGCUAUGAAAGUAGCUGAGGCUAACAAGCUGAAGUUAACUCCUGAGUAUUUGCAACUGAUGAAAUAUAAGGCUAUUGCAGCUAACAGCAAGAUAUAUUUUGGCAAAGAUAUUCCCAACAUGUUCAUGGACCAUGCAGGAAGCCAGAUCAAACUUGCAGAUGGACUAGCAGAAGGAAUCCAAGAUGAAGAUGGGGCAGGAACCAGUGAGGAUACAAAACUGCCUCAUAACAUCGACUGAUCUUGCAAGAUUUAUAUUUGUUUUAUAUCAAAAGAAACAAGAAAUGGGAAGUUACUUUUGUUUCCCCCUUCCUGUACUGAAAGAGAUGAAUCAGACUUAAUCCUGUCAAUCUUUUUAUGACAAUUAGAUGCAAGGACUUUGGUAUUUACGGGGUGUUUUUUCUGGUGACUUCUAAGCAAUCAGCUCCAAAUAUGUACUCUAGAUGCACCUCUCCCUGCUGAUGGACAAAUGGACCAAUUAUUCUGGAGAGGCUAGAUGGAAGACAUCUUUGGACAGUCUGUUCUGCAGCCAGCUUAGCUAGGUACUUAAUUUGGAGUGAGGUGGUUAGUAGCAAUUGGAAGUAAAGAGGGUUUGGGGUCCUGGAGGGAGGGGGAGUUGCUGCUACAAUUUUCUUUCUUGUUGGAAAUUUCUAAUACUUUAUUUCAAAUCCCUUUUAAAAAAAGGUGCUAGACUUUUGUACACUACACAUGUCUGUGUGAAAGCCCAGACACUGUCAAAAUGGCAAGUUAUUGCCUGUUGAAUGGGGCACUUUAACUUUCCUAACAGUCUGUGUAUAUGCUCUGGGCCCAUCCUGAGUGUGAGGUGUAACAAAUGCAUGAAACCAUCUUUUACUGAGGUUUAAGCCAAUGUGUUUUGCCUCAUUAGGGCAGCUAAGAGCAUGUGCACAGUGAGUUAUGGAAGUUCAGCUGAAAUACUGCAGGUUACCUAGUUAUCAUGGGAGGGUAGUGGGAAUCUAAGCCUUAGACCAGGUGCCACAGAGAUAGUGGCCCGAACUAUUCAUUUGCUGCAUCUUAACACUGAUUUGUUUUCCAUUUGUCAUAUUUGGGGAGCAUUAUAGGGGCAUCUGUAUUCUGUAGUUCCUGCUGCUGUUUAUCUGCAAGGUCAGGGGUCCAGGUAUAUUGAUGGGCUGGACUUAACUUUCCAGUGAAAUCAGACUGGGAACACGGUACUUCUCUCAGCCUUCAUAUUUAGGGAAAAACUAGAAAGGAAAGGAUUUUUGUGUGAUAGACCCUGAUUUUGCAAAUAGCCAUGCUGGCAAGUAACUGCUUGAAUGACUAGUCCUGCAGUCAUGUCAUGUCAUUACAUUACAUUAACCGCCUGUUGGCAAGACCAGCUGGAUUUCUGUGUUCACAGUGUCUUAUUAGAAAGAUGAUGUUCAGGGAAGCUGAAAAGAACGGAACUGAAUUACUGUUUUUUUCAGAAUAGACCUUGAGAGAGGAAGAUCUAGUAGUAGUAAAGGACAGAAAACAUCAUACUGAAAAGUCACAGGGCAAAGGCAGGAACUUAUUUCUGGACUAUUCAAAGAGAAAAUUUCCGUUUUUGUUCAGAACAAUUCUAUACAGUAUACCUUUCACACUGAUUAAUUAUUCAUGUACCAGAUGCAGAGGGAUUAAAUAGAUUUUUUGUUUGUUUGUUUUAUAUGUAUGCAAAACUGAAGAAAAAAGCUCAGGGCUAGAACGAACAUCUGUUUGUUUGGGUUUUUUUUAAUUUUUUACUCUCCACCUCUGCCCGCAAUCCGUCUGGCAGGAGAGCCUCUUCAGGAAUUCCUAUUUUAAUUUGCAGCCCAUAUACUAAUAUAAAAUGAUACAACUGUCAGUACUAACUUAGUUGUCCGGGACCAGUCUAUUGCAUUUAAAAUCUGUUGCCGCAAAGCUUGCUAUCUACUGUACUUGGUGUCACUUUUCAGUGUUUUAAAUAUGCAUUAGCUUUUUAAAAAGAAGGCAAGCAUAGUAAGGUAGAAAUCUGAUGAAUUUCUAGUGCUGGUUCCAGUAUUUUCACUUUUUUAAAAUUAUUUUUGAGAUGAUGAUUAUUCAUAUCUGAAAAUUCAAAAUAAGAUGUUAUCAGUUACUGCUGGAGAAAAGUCCCAUCUCCUAUAGAUAUUCUUUGUGUCUGUUGAAAAACCUGAGCUCCAUAAUGAAAGUUUCAUCUCCAAACCUACAGGGGACCAGACAGCAGUCAAAAAGUUGCAUCAACAGGUGCAUAGGCAAUAUUACUCAGUUCUUAUAAAUAAGUUUCUGCAGAAGAUUAUGAAGAGGGAGUAGCAAAAUUUAGGCAUGAGGUAAUAGUACCUAACGCUUUUGAGGGUAAUCUAGUUUGUUUGGGGUUGUUCUAUGUUCACGUUAAGAUUUCCAUUUAGUAACUAAUAUCUACUUUAGUCAAGUAUUUUCACAAAUGAAAGACCCAAAUAAACCAAAGUGGUAUUAUAAAGUAUGCUUUUGUAUAACUUUACAGUAAAGCAACAGUUUGGAAUAGGUAGGUCUUCAGGUUUUUUUUCUGUUUUAUUGAAAAUAUUGUUAUCAAAGUAUUCCUUUGGGGGGUGUACAGAAAAAGGAGUAACCAGUAUUAUUAAUUUCAAAUGCAGAUUUUAAAAACAUAAUGGGAACCUUUAUGAUUCUUCAUGAUUGAAAAUUAACUACUACAGUAAGUGAGCGAACAACAUGGAAUCCUGUAACUUAAGCAAACCGUAGUAAGAAUUUAAAGAAAAACGUUGAAAUCAUACAAUUUUUUUUUACAAGCCGAAAUUCAUUGUUGCUUUUUUGUUGAGAUUCUUCAUAACAUGUUUAAUUUCUUUUAACCUCCCAGAAUAAAUUUCUCACUGCGCGUA